CUGCGUCAGGAGUUCAGAGAGCUUGAGUUGCUCGAUGAAAUCACCAAGCUGCGCUACCUGGGCAAGAUCUCACCCAAAGUGACAGGCAUCACACGCAAUGAACUGAUCCAUUCAUUCAGAAAGUGGAAGGGAGAGCAGUUCAUGCCAAAGACAAUGCACAGGGCCCUGAAAUGGAAUGUUGGUGAUACAUUUCCUAUUGAAGAUGUGCAGGCAGAUGCUCCAUGGCAGAUAGUCGAGAAGGCAAAACCCAAGGACAGGAAGCAGCCCAAACCAGAUCUACCUGAUCAGCCAAAGAAGACAGCUGGAUAUGUUGCAGCCCAGGGCACACAAGCUUUGACAGUUGUGAGCAAUACAGUGGACAAGAAGUCGGUGAAGCGUAAGCGAGAGGAUGACUGUGAUGCAGUGGUCAAUUUCAUUGGGUUCAAGUGGGACAAUGCCAACUACAUCUGUGCUUAUGACAGUCUUCUGACUGUUUUGUCAGUGUAUACAGAGUGUAAGCAACAGUGGCAGACAAUGGUACCUGAGCAGAAUGCAUUAUUGUCAAAGCUUACUGGUCACUUUAAUGGUGUAAUU